GGAGAGAGGCACGGAGAGGAGGGGUCAUUUUAAAGAGCGCCCAAGCGCAGACUCCGGUCUCUUUUGCUCACUCUGACAGCAAAGGAUCACGCUGGAAACCGCAAGCUGGGAUUUACCAAGUGGCCUCUCAUCUUUCUCCCUUAGUUUUACUACUUUUCCUCUCCUUUUGUCUUCUCAUUUUUCCUAGGAAGAGACAUUUGCAUUGACAACUUCUUGGACAGCUCUGGGACAACAUUUUUCUGAGGAGGCAAGCUCCUGGCUGUAAUAGUUCAUUGCAAUCAUGGCACCUAAGAAGAAGAAUGUGAAAAAGAACAAAGCAGAUAUCAAUGAGAUGACAAUCAUUGUGGAAGAUGGCCCCCUAAGUAAACUAAAUGGCUUGAAUGGACUCUUAGAGGGAGGAAAUGGUUUCAGCUGCAUCUCAUCUGAAGUUUCCGACUCAUCAUAUAGCCCAAAUCUCUUGGAAGGUCUAAGCAGAAUGAGACAAGAAAAUUUUCUUUGUGACUUGACUAUCAGUACCAAAACCAAAUCCUUCAAUGUUCACAAGGUAGUGAUGGCUUCAAGCAGUAACUACUUUCACAAUAUCUUAAAAAAAGAUCCAACCACACAAAGAGUAGACCUCAAUGAUGUAUCCCCAUUGGGUCUAGCUACUGUUAUCACCUAUGCUUAUACUGGAAAGCUUACUCUCUCACUUUAUACAAUAGGUAGUAUUAUUUCCACAGCGAUCUAUCUUCAGAUUCACACUCUUGUAAAGAUGUGCUGUGAUUUUCUAAUACAAGAAAUCAGUGUUGAGAAUUGUAUGUACAUUGCCAAUAUUGCAGAAACAUAUGGACUAAAGACAACCAAAGAAGCAGCACACAAAUUUAUUAGAGACAACUUCAUUGAAUUUUCAGAAACAGAUCAGUUCUUAAAACUUACUUUUGAUCAAAUUAAUGAACUUCUUGCAGAUGAUGACUUGCAGUUGCCUUCUGAAAUUGUUGCAUUCCAGAUUGCAAUAAAAUGGCUAGAAUUUGACCAAAAGAGAGUAAAGUUUGCUGCAGAUCUUUUAGGUAACAUCCGUUUUGGUACCAUCUCAGCUCAAGACCUCGUCAAUUAUGUUCAAACUGUACCAAGAAUGAUGCAAGAUGCAGACUGCCAUAAGCUUCUAGUGGAUGCCAUGAAUUAUCAUUUGCUUCCCUAUCAUCAGAAUACACUGCAGUCCAGAAGAACAAGGAUUCGGGGAGGUUUCAGAGUGUUAGUUACUGUUGGGGGACGCCCUGCACUAACAGAAAAGUCUCUUAGCAGAGACAUCUUAUACAGAGAUCCUGAAAAUGGAUGGAAGAAGCUUAGUGAAAUGCCUGCUAAAAGUUUUAAUCAAUGUGUGACAGUGAUGGAUGGAUUUCUGUAUGUGGCCGGUGGGGAAGACCAGAAUGAUGCCAGGAAUCAAGCCAAGCAUGCAGUCAGCAAUUUCUGCAGAUAUGAUCCUCGUUUCAACACAUGGAUUCACCUGGCAAAUAUGAAUCAGAAGCGUACCCACUUUAGCCUGAAUGUAUUCAAUGGCCUUCUUUUUGCAGUGGGUGGUCGCAACUCCGAGGGCUGUCUCUCCUCUGUUGAAUGCUAUGUGCCUGCAACUAAUCAGUGGCAAAUGAAGGCACCUCUGGAAGUGCCCAGGUGCUGCCAUGCUAGUGCAGUGGUAGAUGGUAGGAUCCUGGUCACUGGAGGUUACAUAAAUAAUGCUUAUUCUCGUUCAGUGUGUAUGUAUGACCCCUCUAAUGAUAACUGGCAGGAUAAAUCUGGCCUUAGCACUCCAAGGGGAUGGCACUGUGCUGUAUCCCUUUUGGAGAGGGUCUAUGUCAUGGGUGGCUCACAGCUGGGAGGGCGAGGGGAAAGGGUGGAUGUUCUCCCCGUGGAGUGCUACAGUCCUUACACAGGGCAAUGGAGUUAUGUUGCUCCCCUCCAAACUGGAGUUAGUACGGCAGGGGCCUCAACACUUAAUGGGAAAAUUUACUUAGUGGGGGGCUGGAAUGAAAUAGAGAAAAAAUAUAAGAAGUGCAUUCAGUGCUAUAACCCAGAUCUCAAUGAAUGGGCAGAGGAAGAUGAGUUGCCUGAAGCCACCGUGGGAGUAUCUUGUUGUACAAUAUCCAUGCCCAACAACAAAACAAGGGAGUCCAGGGCUAGCUCAGUCUCUUCUGUGCCAGUCAGUAUUUAAGUACUGGUCUAACCAGAAAUAAAUAAAGAUGUUUACCUGCACAGCAGGAUAUUUAACCCUUUAAGUAGCAUUUUUUGUGCUUAUAUGGAAAAAAAUUGGCAUUGCAACAAUUUUAACAAUGUAAGUUGGCCAGUUUUCAUGAUCUUUAAUACAGGUAGUGUGAAACAGCACAUUAGAAAUACGAUUAAUUUUAUUAGCAGGAACAGAGAGUUAUGCCUUAACUGUAAUAGGUGCUUCAUUCUGUUCUUGCUUUUACCAUCUACUCACUAUUUGUGGCAAAUCAUUUAAUUUCUUUGUGCCUUUGUUUCCUUACCUGUAAAACAGAGAUUAAACUUGCUUCAGAGGAUUGUUGUGAGGCUUUUUUAAUACGGAGUUUUAAAUGCUUUCAGAACUCAAAAUGAAAAUCAAGUAUUACUAGUAAUAAAACUCAACAUACUUUAGAAAAUGUGCCAUGUCAUCAUAAAAUUGGUCGGUUUUGUUCUUUUUUAGGCAUUUUAUAUUUUGAGAAAGGCAUUUAAAGAAAAGCUUUUGCAUAUAGCAUGUACAUAUGUUCCCUCUGGGGUAGUGAUAUUCACAGAAAAUUUUUCAAAACUUGUUCUCCUUAAGAAGUUAGAAAUAGGCACCUGUUGUCUGCAAUGAAACCCUUUAAUUCUCAUACCUAAUGCUAUGACAUGGCUUUCAGGAGCUAAAUCCACAAAAUACGUUAGCUCCGCUAAUCAUUAUGGACCAGCCCCAAGGACCUGCCUUCAAUGCCAAGUUGCUUUCCAAACCUCAUGUAUGCACAAAGGAGCAGACCAUCCUCCUCCACAAUCCAUGGAGACUCUCCUGUCACUCCAGAGAGGAGGCAAGAAGGCCAUUCAGGUUACCUCCUCCUGUUUCUACACUUCCCAUCUAUGUAGAGAUGUACCUCCAGGUUACAUUCACUCUUCUGAGAAGGCCCUCACCACCACAAGGAGCCAGGAGUUGCCACAGCAGUGGCAUCUCAUCUGGAAGCUGAGUGCAUGCCACGAGGCAGCGAGGGCUAAGGGCAGAGAAGAUGCGUAGGACAACUUUCCUACUCUGUUUAUUCUGGCAAAUUUCCGGUGGAGUCAGGAACAAAAGCUGAAUAAAGACUGUGGGAUUUGGCUUUAAGAAUAGAGUAUAUGGGUAGAAAACAGUAAAUCAUGGGAAAACUGGGUGAAAUUGAAGUCACUUUCCUUAGAAGUAACAAAGAGAUAUUUUAACACCUUUUGUACACAACAUGACCCAAAGUAACCUUUUCCUGGACAAACUGCUGUGUACCUACUUUUGAAGACUUCAUUGCAGCCUUAUUAUCUGAGAAGUGCUUAUUCACUUUUUUCCAAAGACUAGACUAAUACUGUGCCUGUUGUGGUCUGUGAAGUUUUACCACUGAUUAGACUUGAGCCUUGCUCAUCUCAGCUUAUAUUCUAAGAUUUUUUUUUUUUUAAUUUCAGCUUCUAGUGGGGGAAUUAAUCAUGAAAACUAAACCUGUUCCCUUAGCCAAAGGCAUGUGCAUCCCAUCAUGUCCCCUGAGAACCAAACAAUUGCCAUUAGUAAAGAAUUUCUACACCCUUCUGUCUGAGAAGGAAAGAAACAAUAAAAGGAACUAAAAUUACUUAAUAUAACCCAAAUUGUAGAAAUUCAGUCUUCUUAACCAGUUCAUAGGGCCUUCACAUGCAGUUUCCUCACAUUAUAAUUGACACCUUCAAGCUACAGUACCAGCUAGAAAGUAUACGCAUAGCAGUGAUAACAAGACAGCCAAAUUUUUAUCUCAUUUGCAAAAGGGGAAAGUUAUAAAAUUGUCCCUAAAUGCAGACAUUGUUGAGGCAAACAUUUACAGAACUCCCAUAAUCUGAUUGCUCUUUGUUACAGUCACAUACUGAGCAUCAGCAAGGAGUGUCACACAGUAUUAGAGCCAAAGUAAUUCAUUCUAUCAUCUGGGAUUAAACAGUAUGGUACUCAGUCCUGUUUUCCAGUUCAAAUUUAGUCAGAGUUCAUGUCUGCCUCCUGACUACACAAUUUUAAAUCCUGAGUUCUACUUUUGAGUGCUGCAUGUUAUUAAAAUAUAACACACUGCAAUGACUUUCAGUCAAAGUAGUGCUGUCAUAUAGGUUUGACAAUGUAAUGUGUAUAUAGUUACCCUUUCUUCUGUUUAAUUCAAAUGAAUAAUAAUUCAAAUUUGUAGUCACAGAACAAAGUAUAAAAUUGUAUAACAGAGUAAGAUUGAUCUGUUUUAUAUACAAAAAUGCUGUUCUUGUCUGUUUCAGUGAGGAAAAGCAUUCUCUUUGCUGAGAGCAUAAUUUCUCUUUCCCCAAAGUCAUGACCAAAUAUUCCCUAUGAAAGGAUUUAAGAAGAUCUUUGAAAAAUACAUCUGUUCCAAUAAUUUUUGUAAAAUUAUAAUACCAAUAGAUGUAGUUGCUUAUCCACUCAGGCCAGUGAAGUCACAUAUACACAUAUCCAAUUAUAUUUGAAUAUGAACAGCAGAUAGUUAUUUAGUGUUUUUAUAGCACCCAUUAAAUGAGUGUCUAGGAAGUGAAUAAACAAUCAUUUUGGCCUCAGAUAAAUGUGGGGUGAAACUGUGUUAUACUCAAGUGCCUCUUUUUCUCCAGAUAUUCAGUGCUAAAAUGAUAUGUAGUCAGAUGUUGCAAGCUUUCCUCUUUUGUGAGCCAACACUUCCUUUAGGCUAACAAUGAUCUUCUGUCUCCCAAUAGCUAUUUUUGAAUUAUGAGCUAAGUGCAAUGAAAUACUGUCUACUACUUAAAGGGUUAAAAUCUUUGGGGGCCAAAUCCUAUCCAUCUUACAAAGAAGUCCUGUUAACUUCACUGGGACAGUUGAAUAUGAUGCGUAGGAUUUCACACUCUUGGUCAAAUUCUGGCAGAACAGUACAUAUAGAUGCCUGCCAAAACUGCCCAUACCCAGAAGCAAGACCACUGUCUCAGCUUCCACUGCCCUUCGCCAUGAGAAAUCGAUAAAAAAGUCCUAGAACAGGAGUCAAGCAACACUGGCCACAUAUUCCUGCCAUCGCACAAAUUAGGUAUGUACCUCAGGCCAAAAUCUUAGGUAGAUGAACAAAUAGUAUUGUUAUCAUUAUAGCACUCCCAUGUGGCUUUAUAUUGUUUUCAUUAUUUUCUUUAAACAUCUGUUUGGGGUUCAACUGCAUAUUGAGCCAGGAUCUGCCCCUUAAUAUGUGAAAAUAUCUGCUGAAAUUAAUAUUAUUUUGAUCAUACUAAUGUACUGCCCUAGUUGUGACAUUUUUUGUGUACAAUAUUGUUUCAUUAGAACUGUGAAAAAUGGUUUGUAUGUUAUGUGUUAUGGAACAGUUUUCUAUCUUUGUCCAGCACAAUUUUUUCAAUCCCCAAAUAUUUAAUAGGAACAAUUCAGUUGAGCUGGAAAACAUUGUAUAUCCCCAAAAUAAAUUUUAAAAUGCA